UGUUGCCGGCCUCGCCCGGCGCAAGAAUUGUCAGGCGACGUGGCGGAGAUGAUGGAGUAUCGUGGGCAGUGCAAAUAAAACGACGUUAUUAUCACGAGUUCCCGAUGUCAGCCAGCGAGGCGCAAUAAAGCGGGCAUUGUUCCGCGUAUUGGACUCCCCGGAGCCCCGGGCAUUUCAACGUCGCUUCGAUUCCGCCGCGCUGUCACGCGUGGCACGACGUCGCGAGGUCGCAACAUGGGUCUGUGCAAGUGCCCGAAGAGAAGAGUAACGAAUCAAUUUUGUUUUGAGCACCGGGUCAAUGUGUGCGAGCACUGCAUGGUCACGAGCCACCCAAAGUGUAUAGUGCAGUCGUAUUUACUGUGGCUCCACGACCACGAUUACAAUCCAAUAUGCACGCUGUGCUCGGACAAGCUGAGCGACGGCGAUUGUAUAAGGUUAACCUGCUAUCACAUGUAUCACUGGGUCUGCUUGGACCGAUACGCCAGGGAUCUGCCGGCCACUACCGCCCCGGCGGGCUACACCUGCCCCACGUGUAGAGUGUGCAUCUUUCCACAGCCCAAGUUGGUGUCGCCGGUCGCGGAUGUUCUGAGAGAGAAAUUGGCCACCGUUAACUGGGCUCGAGCUGGCCUUGGCUUACCACUGCUAAGCGACGACAGGGAACAGAAGCCAGAACACGAACGCUCUCCGAUGACCGUGGAGAACUCGCUGUACCAAAAUCAUACAGCGGCUAUACCGUCGUCACCCACAGUGGCUGUGUCGCGUACGAGCAGCACCAUAAAUUCAAAUUCCAUCGUCAGCAACGUACACGCAAACAGUCAGAAGCUUGGCCCACCUUAUUCGGUCGUCAACAUCGACUCGUCUCUAGGAUUAUCCACUCCGGCGUCCAGAAAAGUAUGCGAAGCCUAUGACGACCCGAAGGACGUGUCUUUCGAUCACGACGAGAACAAAUACCAACGCAAGUCGGCCGUAGAGUGGUUCCGGAGGUGGUGGAAGCUGAUAUCGAGGGCACCGGUGCGACGGAAAACCGCCGGAUCUCUGUACAAGAGAUACGCGGUGUUGUCCAUUGUCGGUAUAUUGCUCUUCGUUGCAAUUAUCUUGUUCUUUUCGUGGCUCGGCAGAAUGGCGACGGAUGGCGAUCCGAGUUUCGACGUGAUAGCGAAUCCCAAUCUGAAAUUCGGCGAGAAGUCUGUCAUUUAAUACAUCGUGCGACACAAGUGGUAAUAAUACUCGGUCCGGUCCGUCGGCGGAGACGGCUACGAUAAUCUCUGGUAACGCGAAGGGACGUGGCAAUCGCGAGUAUAUACUGAAAUGCAAUUGCGAUAUGUGAGAAAGCACAAUUUUGUGGGACAGUAGAACAUAUCUACUAUAUAAGCUAGCGUAACGUUUGUUAAUUUUUAUGUAAAUUAUAUAUAUAUAUCACAUCGAAGUUGUACAUUUAAAUCUGUAAAGGCUUGUCGAUUUAUAAUCUAUGAAACCAUUGUAUGAAAA